ACAAGCUGGGCAUGCCUGACUGAGCAAAAUCCACAGGGCCAUACAGUAAAUGUUAAUCGGCGAUGAUUAAACGUAUUAUUAUCCGCUCAUAAAAAGCGACAAGCACCACUUCUUCUUUUCCGCCUCUCAUUGUGCAUAUAUAACCCCACACAUUUCCACGGCCCGAGCCGCGUCCUCACCGGCAGACCGAGCAUGCCGUCGCAGGUGCUGGACAUUGUGGCCGCCAUGGCGUACGCUAACCGCUCCCCGCAGGAGCGCAUCCGACAGGAGCGCAACAUGAGCCGUCGCAUCUCCAUCAUUGCCGGCAUCCCGGAGAAGCAGUUCCGUGUGGCGCUGCUCAACGGGUUCGGGCAGUUUUUUAUUGUGGUCCUGGUGUUGGCCGGGUAUCAGGUGUAUAUAUUGCUGGAGUCUUUUCUGCGACCGCUAGCCUGGGCGGUUAUCACCGGGAUCGUCUUGUUUCCCUUUAAGACGGCCAUGUCAGGAUGGGCCAAAUUGUGGGUGGAUUAUCUGAAGGAGACCAACACACCGCUGGCGGUGGGCAUCGUUGGAACGCCGCUGAAGCUGGCGGAUAUGGGGUUGGACUAUCUGGGCGAUGUUGUCUUGGAAAUAUUCUACAAGCGGAAAACGGAUAUCGGCUGGGCUAUAAUCUUGUUUUCCGCGUCCACCGUCUUCCAGGUGGUGUUGUACGUGUCGGAAGUGGAUGUUAUUACCUCGCUGUAUACGUUUUCCGGCUUUUUGGUUCGCGUAGCCGCAUCAAACUGGGUGUGGUCGGUGAUCAUCGCUUACGUGGUCAUCCUGACAUUCUUAUGGGAAGACCGGUACAAAGAACGCAUCUGCACCGUGGCGUUGCCGGUGCAUUUAGCCAUGGCUAUCCACCUGGCCGCGCAGUUCGGCGCCAUGUCCCUGCCGGUGCUGGUGUUUGGUUUUGCCAUUCUGGGCAUCGGCUUCAUCGGGGAGCUGAAGAGCAUCGUCAAGAGCAUCCGGGGUGGUGCCCACCAUGAGGAUAUUCAGAUGCGGAUCGAUUCAUGGGGCCGGUUUGCCGUGCUCAGCCCGUGGCAUUUCGCCUGGUGGCCGGCACUGGUCAGGGCAAAGCGCCAGAUCGCCACGGCACAGAUUGACUUCACGGAGCCGCUGCAGACACCGGAGGAGGAGGAGGACGAGAAUCGAUCCCGAAAAGGGGACGAAGAGUCGGAAGCCAACCGGUACAUUGUAACACUGCUGAAGAUGUUCUUUCUGGUGCAACUAUGGAAGAAUGUCUCGAUGGUACCCCUCCUGAUCUUCCCGACAGUGUACUCUUAUCUCAAGUAUAAAAUUCCCCGCAGCCGGGCAUUCAACCAAAUAGUAUUCCACGUCAAGAACGGUAUCAGCUGGGUGAAAGCGCAAUUGGGCGACCGGAAGAACGCCAUUAUUCCCACACCCAUUGUCGGUGUGUGCAAGAUGGCACUGCAUGGUGACCGGAAGAUUCUGCAUAUUCUGUCGAAUUCCAUCGACGAAGCGGCGUCCAAUUUGAUUAUUGUACUGAUGUUUGUGUCGUUGCUGGUUGGUGGAUUGAUCGUGGUCUUCCAAGUGCAAAAAGAAACGUCAUAUCUGGUUCGGAUGUCAGGGGAUUUUAUGAAUACCACUAUAACCGAGCACCCCGAAUUACUGGCCUGGUUACCCGGAGGUUCGCAAGUGCAGAAUCAGCUUCAAAACAGCGUAGAUUCCUUAUACAUUUACAGCCGGGAAUUCGUUGGUAAACAGAUCAAGAAUGCCGUAAGCGGUGAUAAUGUGAAUACCACAGAAAGCGAUGUUAUUGUUACGGAAAUUAUGUCGGUAAUGGAUAAAAUCUACUAUGCCUACGCAGCGUCCAAUGUGUCUGCCGGUAAUAUUAGCGCCGUUACCAGUGACGUUAUCAAAGGAGUUCGCGAAACCAAAUCAUCGGUUUUCAGUUGGUCAUUUAUACAGGAUUACGUGAUGAAUCAUUUUGACACACUGUAUUCGGUGCUGAAUUCAGUGACUGUGAUUGUAACCGAAAAUGCCGCAUUAAUUGCGUCGAUGACCACAUCCAUAUUCUCCUUUAUCCUAACCUAUUUCUCUCAGUUUUUGGAUUUCAUACUGAAUGGGAUAUUUUUCCUCGCAUCUUUGUCGUUCCUGUUAAGUUUAAGUGGUGACCAGUAUUAUCCCCUGGAAAAAAUAUCACGCAUUGCGGAAUAUUUCCCGGAAGCAGGCAACGUGUCAUUGGUUAUUGAAUCUACGAUCAACGGCAUAUUUAAUGCUUCUUUCAAAUUGGCGCUGUUUUAUGGAUUAUACACAUAUACCCUUUUAUCCCUUUUCGAAAUUUAUGUACGAUUCAUCCCGGCAUCUAUCGCAAGUAUUUUUGCCGUUAUUCCGCUUUUUCCACCUUACAUCGUCUGUGUACCGGCCAUGAUCGAAAUCCUUUUUGUUAGAAAAGACUAUUUUCUAACAGUUUUAUUAGCGGUUGGAGCCUAUAUACCGACUACGUUUGUGGACGAAGUGAUGUACAAAGAAGUUAAAACAGCUCAUCCUUAUUUAUUCGGCCUCAGUGUGGCCGGUGGAUUGAUGACAAUGGGAAUCGAAGGUGUCAUAGUGGGACCCAUUGUUUUAUGUGCUUUUGUUACGUCGAUAGAAUUAUCACGAAUGAUCCUCAAACCGCCCAGUGCUGAUGACGAUGUAGAAACACGAAGUGCCAUAUCUAAUUCCUAAAAUUAAAUUUUAUUGUUUUGUUACGGGUUAGCAAUCGGACUGUACAAUAUUAUAACUGUUUAUAAUUCUGUACGUUUGUGCCUUUGUGGUCUCUAACAGGGUUUUGUAAUUUACGGCGUGAUAGCACGUUUCCGAAAGUAAAUAUAUGCAAAGACAUACAGAUACAUACCUGUGCUCAGGAGCACUUAAAGUUAAAGUUUAAUGUACUCAGGAUUGGGCACACAAAUGUUUGUAAAUACAAUAAUUAUUUAAGCGGUUAUAUGGAGAUUAAGAAAGGAAACAACCAAAACACCGGUUGGUAAAGUAGCGGGUCAUAAGACAUUUUUCAUAAAUUAUCGAAGUGCCGCGCUUAAGUAAUUAAAUGCGUAUGUCUGCGCUUGUCAGCAUGAAAAUUUUCUGCGCCCUUGAAAACUCAAUCAUAAUCACUCGAAACCGGCAUGCGUUCAGACGGUAGGAAGUUAGGACUAGCUGUUCAGUAUCUCAGCCGUACCCGGUAUGUACCCGUUUUUGUGGGUCCCCAAUAAGAUGCAUCCCGCGAGAAUCUGGAGCGCCAUCGUUAUGAUGGCCAUGCUGUUGGCAGGGCCACCACCAAUCGAAGCUGGACCAGCAGCGUACGGGAUCUGCCAGGCCGGAUGCGCUGCUGUCGUGGUAGCGUGCUACGCAGCGGGAGGUGCCGUUUUCGGCACCGUGACGGCCGGUGUCGGCAUCCCGGCCGCCAUUGUGGCCUGUAACAGCGCGUUCGGGACGUGUCAGGCAGCGUGCUGGGCAGCGCUUUUCAUUCCUAUCCCGUAGUGGCGUAGUCGGCUUAAUCCCCAGUUGUCAAGUGACAUGCUUUUGUUGCAGGUAUUAAUCUUCCAAGAAUUUCGCCUACAGUUCCAGCAUAAGCGAGUAAACUACAAUUUUGGAGUUUAUUUUCGUCGAUAUUGAUUUUUGUAUUCCGUUGUCGCUCGCUUGGUCCUAAUACGAAUUACGAAUGCCAGUUUAUUGAAAUGACAUAAAAUGAGCGGUGUCCAGAAAUCGGUUUCCUUGGGUCAAGCAGUGA